AUGAAGUUUUCUUCUCUCUCCAACACCUUCCUUUUGUCACCAGAGGCGGCAAGAGAAACUGCAGCUCAAACUGAGGAAUUUGAGCACUUUGAGAGAAUUGAGGACAAGCGACCAGAAAGCAGGACUCCCCGCAACUCGUCUGUCUAUCCACCAACUUUUGAGCGUCGGACCCGAUUACUACACACGGGUCUUCCCCCCGCCAGCAGUGAGCCCCCCAAGUCACUGCGACAAGAAACCGAUCAAGCGAUUUUGAAACCGAUCAAAGAAAUCGAAUCAAGUCAAAAAAAAAUGAGUCACGAAAUAAAUUGA